GCCAGCCGAUGUGGAAGUGUGACAGCUUUUUUGACCAGCAUUACUAACAGCAGCUCUACAGCAGCAUUACAAAGUUCAAAGACAAAGUCGUCCUCUCGUCUUCUGCGCCAAAACUUAUCGUUUGCCUGGCUUCAAGGUUUACCAGGAGGAAGGAUUGCUCUGGACAGUGAGCAGAAGAAGCUUCUGUUGAAAAGGCUGAUGGAUCUUGGGUAAGAUGAUUUCAAGCAUUUCAAGUUCUGCACGGACCUGCCUAAAAGGGUACGUAUAAACCCCCGCCGUGUGUACAUUGCUGACAAGCUGGUGAUCAAGCACGGCGAGAACACUCUAGAUGAGACCAUCAAGAUUCUGGAGAAGAUAGGCAACAAGAACUUGGUCAAGAUGUUGCGUCGCAACAUGCUGGAAAUAAGAGGCACUGUCCAUUAUGAUGUUCAGAUUGCCAUAUUCAAGGAUGACCUGCAAGACAAACUGCGGGGUGUAUACAGCUUUGUUCAUGAGGGCAACAUCGAGCUCUGGCAGAAACAGCCUCUGGCGGACGUCUACACAGAGCUGGACGUCACCUACGGAGCCGACGUCAGCCCCGAUGAGCGACACGAGGUCCUUCAGAUGGAGACACGUGCAGCCGCGGCCAAUCAGUCUAUCCUGCCGUGCGACAUCUUCAAAAACCAUGACGGGAAGACCCGCCCGAUACGCACACUUCUCACCAUUGGCUUUGCAGGAAUUGGAAAAACCUUCUUAGUUCAAAAGUUUGUGUGCGACUGGGCCAGCAGGAAUACCGAUCAGGAUGUCCACUUCAUAUUUCCCUUCACCUUCCGUGAGUUGAACACGGACAAAGGGAAAAAUUUUACGCUGGCCAAGCUGAUCCGACGCUACGUUUGCGAGAGUAGGCACAUGAGCGAGGAGACACUGAACAAUAUAUUUGCCGAACUGCAGAUGUCCGGGAAGCAGGACUAUGAAAGCAGCGGGAUCAAGAUCUUGUUUGUCUUGGACGGACUGGACGAGUGCAACUUCGAAAUGGACUUGAAGAAUGAGAUGAAAGUAGACAUGAACGUGACGGAGGCCUACCCGCUGGAGAUGCUCCUGGCGCACCUCAUAAAAAGGAACCUCCUUCCCUGCGCCCGGGUUUGGAUAACCACUCGGCCCGCCACGGCCCGCGAUAUCCCCUCGCACCUCAUCGACAGCAUUAUCGAGGUGAGAGGAUUCAGUGAUUCCCGGAGGCUGGAUUACUUCAGGAAAAAGUUCCCAAAUGAGGAGCGUGUCAUUGAGCACAUCCGGAAAACUCGCACCAUCUUCAUCAUGUGCUGCAUGCCCAUCUUCUGCUGGCUCACCGCCAAAGUUCUUCAGGAUCAUUUGGAUUUGAAAAGAAAGGAGGAAGAGCUUCCCACAACGCUGACCGACAUGUACUCACAGUAUGUGUUUCAGCAACUGAAAAGCUCAGAGGAGAGACAGAUGACGGACUACAUCCAUGACCUGAAAGCGCUAGCGAAGCUGGCCUUUCACCACACCAUGAACAAGAGUCAGAUCUUCUACGAAAACGACCUGACGGACAGUGGCUUUGAUUACAGCCAAGCCGCCAAACAUUGUGGAAUAUUCACCAAGGUGUUUAAGGAGGUACGUCCGCUCAAAAGAAACCAACAGAGCAAGAUGUUUCAGUUCGUCCACCUGACCGUCCAGGAGUAUCUGGCCGCAUUCCACGUGAUGAUUUGCCUCUUCCUCGACAACAAGAACAUUCUGGCUGAUUCAGAGCUGGCACUGGAGGGCAUUUUCCAAGAGGAAGAAUCAGAAGAACCAGAAUCAGAGGAAGAAGUUGAAAGGGAAUCAGAAGAUGAAGGAAAAGGUACAGAGGAAGAAAUUGAAACAGAAUCAGAAGAUGACGAUGAAGGUGGUUGGAAAAUCACUGAGAUCCACUGGUUUGCCCUGAAGAGAGCCGCAGAGAGUGGAGGAAAUCUGGACCUGUUCCUCCGUUUCCUCUUUGGCCUUUCCUUGCCGUGCAACCAAGAACUAGUGGGGGAACUGCUCAAGGCUCCCCAGGACUGCAGGCAAAGCAAGUCAUGGACAGUCAAGUUGAUCAAGGAAAGGAUAAAACGGAACCCUCCGGAGAAGAAUAUCAACUUGUUCUCCUGCUUAAAUGAGCUGAAGGACGACUCCUUGCUGAAGCAGGUCCAGAGGAAAAUAGAGUCAAAAUAUAUUGACUGGGACAACAUGCAAAAUGACAUGUGGUCUGCCCUGGCUUUUUUCUUAAUGACAGACGACGAAACCAUGAAGUCCUUUGACCUGUCUGAAUACAACCCAUCGCCUUUGGGGCUCAAGAAGCUGUUGGUGGUGGUCAAGGCUUCUCAAAAAUCCGCUCUAAGCCAUUGUCACCUGGACAAACGCAGCUGUCACCUGCUGGCUUCCGUUCUCAGCUCUCCAUCCAAUCUGAGGCAUCUGAACCUGAGCGGGAACGAUCUGUCGUACGAAGGUGUGGAGAUCCUCUCGAAAGGACUGGCCAGCCCACACUGCAUCUUAGAGUUCCUCAUGCUGAUAAACUGCGGAAUCACGAAGCGAGGGUGCGCUUUUUUGGCUGAGGCUCUCCAGUUAAACCCCUCCCGUCUUCAAGAGCUGGUCCUGGGCGGCAACCAUCUGUCGGACGUGGGAGUGAAGAUCCUCUCAAAAGGACUGGCCAGCCCACACUGCAUCUUACAGGUCCUCGAUCUAUGGAAUUGUAAGCUCAGAAAAGGCAGCUGUCACCCGCUGGCUUCCGUUCUCAGCACUCCAUCCAACCUGAAGCAUCUGGACCUGAGCGAGAACAAUCUUUCUGACGAGGGGAUAGAGAUCCUCUCUAAAGGACUGGCCAGUACGCACUGCAAAUUAGAGUCCCUCAACUGUCGCCCGCUGGCUUCCGUUCUACGCUCUUCAUCCAACCUGAAGCAUCUGAUCCUGUACGAGAACGAUCUGUUGGACGAAGGGGUGGAGAUCCUUUCGAAAGGACUGGCCAGUCCACACUGCAUCUUAGAGUCCCUCGAGCUGUCAUCGUGCAAGAUCACCAAUAAAGGAUGUGUUUUUUUGGCCGAGGCGCUCAAGUUAAACCCCUCCCAUCUUAAAGAGCUAUACCUGACGGACAAUCAAAUAGGAUAUGAAGGAGAGAGGGUCUUAUUGGACGUCCAGUGGGAUCUCAGCUAUCGCCUGAACAUCGUCAGCUUUGACUAGUCGGACUAAGAACGCUUGAUCCCACACGUCAAGAAGGUCAGGACCUACCUACUGUCCGACGACCUCAAAAGCAUCGGGUGUUGGCGCUACGGACAAAAGCGGCCCCACUCACAAUUUGAGGAGGUUCACCAGCUGGGGUCGGGUGUUUUGCUGCGACGCCGCUAUUGGCAGGUGGAGUUCAAGGAGAAGGUCUACGAUGCUCCCGCCAAAAUGCUGGCAUUUUUUUUCUGACCUGCAUUGAAAUAUGUUUGUCACGAGUAGACAUCCAAUCCAUUUGGACUGGGAGGGGCUGACCAAAAGGAUUGGACUUUCAUCACCGUCAAUGGCAGCCAAUGAGUUCAAUUAGGACCCUUUGAAAGUUUAACUUAUGUUUUUCACAAAUUAAAAAGAAAAACGUCACACGUACACUUGAAAUUGUUUUGCCUAUUUUGCUCAAACAUGGAUCGAUUUCACAUCUUCAUGUAUAAAAGAGGAUUAAAUGUUGUUUUGUAUGAGAACAGUAAAACCCUGACCUGAAAUAAAAGAUCGAAAAUCACCAAACAAUCCACCAAAACCUGAAAAAAAAUACACUGGAAAUGUUUCAUCCACUAAGCAAGUAUUCCUAAUGGUAAAGAAAAAUAGGUCCUGAUCACAGCAGGAGGACAAUUUCAAAGAUGAUGAUGUUGCUUUACAUUUACCUGGACAGAUGUCCAUGUUAUUUUUGUGACAAACAAGAAUAAAGUCAUAAUAUCAUAAUUACAAUGAAAAAAACGCUACUCUGAUGACAUUAUUUUAAAUAGUCAUGAUAGUAAUAGUAAAAAGGAUAAUUCUUCAGUACUUCAGUAUUCUUUUCACCAAGUA